AUGGUAUCCAAUCCUUCGUCUCAGUCAGAGGUGUCAUCACCUCCUCCCUCUCCCGUGGAGACCGCCACCCCGUCCUCACCCACUGCAGCUCGGCAGAAUGAGAAACAGGCACUAGUCGAUCACCACUCCCAACGUCAGCAGCAGCCAUUACUAGACAUCGACACUACUGUUGCCCCAGCUACAGAGGCCGAAAUCGUUGUCAAGACUCCUACCAACCGUCCAAGGCUACCUGGUCGGCAGGAGACACCUCCUUCACCUCCGAAUUCAGUGGUGUUGGGCCCGUCACCGGUAUCACCAGACGUUCCAUCACCGGUUGGGCCUUCGGUACAUCAGAGGAUGGGACUUGGACACCCGGAGGAUUCAACGCCUCCCGCAUCACUUAAGCAGAGAAUCACAAGGGUAUUCAAAGUUGGUCAUAAGCGUGGUGAAUCUGAUUUAUCUCGCACUACAAAUACUACGGACGAUACUAUACAACGUGACACUAGCAGCAGUUAUCUACCAACGCCACUAAAGGAAAAUAGCCCGAUGCAGCCGAAUAGGCCAAGUUUCUACGCAAGACAAUCUACUGGCCCAAUUCGUCCGAUCAGUCAAUUUGAUAAUGGGGGCGGUUCAAACCAAAGGAUUAUCAAUGGGGGUGAAGUGCGGGUUGAGAUUCUCCCGCAUCCAAGUUUAAUGGUGGGAGACUCCAGCAGGCAUGGAAAUUCUCUUGAAGGAUCGCCAAGUGGGGGCAAGGGCAAUAGUGACCGGUAUUAUAGAUACUAUAGUCGUUCAACUAGGCUUGGCAAUCAAGAAUUUGAUGAGGAGGACGAGGAGACCGAAUCUCGAAUUCUAAAUUCGGGAAUUGAAGGAAACGGUUACCUCCCACCAUUAAAUCGUCUUCAAGCAGCCCCACAACCAUCUUUACCACAGACACACCGCCGGCAGACAGCUACCACGAUAGAAUCUGCAGGAAGUCAGGAGCGUAGAUACGUCGAAGAAUCAAUGACAUUUGGCUUCGAAGGGUUCCAUAUUGGAAAUGGAAGCGGCUUCAGUGAUGGGACAUAUGCAGGGUUAUCCGGCCCAAGUAGCCCCACGUGCCCUAGCGGAACCGGUGUCUACGAGGGUAGUGGGAAAGCGAGUAGUAGUGUACUAAACUACAUGAACCAAAGUGAUCCGAACGCACCUUCGAGGAAUGGGUCUAAUAAAACGACUUUAACGAAUGGGAGAGGGAGUGGUGGCAUGAGCAGGCCAGUAAUGAGCAGGAAUGCAUCAUCCAAUUCCUAUUUUUCACCAGGGAUACGUCGGCUCUCGUCUGGAGUUGGAAGAUCAGGAAGCCCUCAGCUUGAUGAAGCAGUUAAUAGAGAGCUGAAAAGAUUAAGCAAAAUCUCGGCUGGAAGUGGGGCUAGCGGAUUCGCCAUGGUUAUUACAGCAGACGGAGCAGCAUCUACAAGAUUUGACAGAGAUUUCAGUGAUGAAGAAAUGGAUGUUAUUGCGUCUGGGGGGGGUACACAAGGGAGGAAAAAGGCAAAGGAAAGGCAGUGCCUUCUUCUUCGAGUGAAAGCUGACGGCAGUGAGCACAGCAGUGAUAAUGGUGAUAGCGAUGGUAUAAGGCUGUUGUCAGGGAUAGGUGGUUUUGGUGCAAGACGAAAGUUGAAGUCACAGGAGGUUCCUAAAGGAGUACUGGUUCACGAGGGGGACCCUAGAUAUGAAUUCGUCUAUCGUAUGCGUCAAACAUCUGAUGAGACUCCUAUCCUGGUUCCUCAGUACUUUUACCCAAGUGACGGAUUUCCAAAUCGUAAUGCUCUUACUACUCCAACCCGUUCAACUUUUUCACCCUUAUCUUCCAUCAAUACUAGCAAUGCGGGGGCCAUGCCUUUUGCUGGCCAGUAUGGCUCAUCUCCUAUUACCAUGCCUAAAAAUGUCCUCACACGAGAUUCAAGUAGCUCCUUUUACAUGAGGAUGAUGGGGGGCGACCAAGCCGUGGAUUCACGAAAUUGUUCCCCGCGAUCUCCACGUUUUCCCGAAUACGGAUCUGUGCCUGGUAGCCCUUUUGAAUCAAACACUCACUCUCCAAACGAGACAACCCCAAUUCAUCCUGCGCUGAGAAGCCCCGAACAGACACCGGUCCAUAAAGGGAGACGGAGACAGGAUAUUUCUACGGGAAAUCAACAUGGAAUCGAAAUGGAUUUGCUUGUCACUGGGACUCCCGGCGGCACCGGUAGAAGACUCGCAGGAAGUAGUUUGGCGGGCGGUAGCGAUACGAUGAGCAAUGACAGAUUAGGGGUCGAUGCGCGCAAGCAAGUCCGUAUGAGCGGGAUCGAUGAAGUAAACUUCAUACCCCCACUUCAAGACAGCAGCACCAGUGCUCCCCGUAAGAACGAGUCUAGGAGUUGGGCGUCACUAUACGGUACCAGAUUGCCUAGGAGGCCUAAAGACCUACGUAGGAGUAUGACACCGAGACUUUACGAUCCAAGGCGAAUCAGCGAUUCUUGGACAGAUAUUUCAAACGACGAUCCCGAGGCGAUGCGGGGUGAGUCCCAUAAUAGGACUUACAGGAUGCAGGAGAAGAGGCUUGGCAGAAUUAUUUUGGCUCUGUGUGUUCUAUUUCCGCCGUUACUCUUGCUUGUGGCUAUCGGAUCCUUCGAUACUAUGGUAGAUUCAUGGAGUAAUGGAGAGGUCAAAGGUGUUGGGAAAUCCGAGAAGAGAAUUGCUGCCAUUGUCGGCGGUGUGCUGGCCGUUAGUGCAGUCGUUGGGGGCGUGGUUGCGGCAAUAGUCGUGGCGAGCUAA